GUUUUUAGUCGGUGUUCUACAGCUGUUCAGUGUCGCUUCGAUUUAGCAAGGUUCUUCUAAAAGGCCAUAGUACCAUGUCUUUUGCAGUGUGGAGAGCUUUCCUGUACAAAAGCUUCUCCAUCUACAAGAACAGGUAUGUAAUGACCACUAUUGACAUCCUCUGGCCCUGCCUGCUCAUCAUGUUCUUGGCUAGUGUCAAAAACAUAUUGUCAAAUAAUGAACCCGCACCAAGAGAUACCUACUAUAGUUAUGAAGAAGAAAAUACGCAAAAUGGUUUGCAGACUAUGGAUUUACGUCUUGAUCACCGAAAUAACUUCACAAAAUAUGAGGUCAAGAGUAUGAAUAUAAAUCAACACGAUGGCAAGUUUACUAAACCUAAGUUUCAAGAUCCAAAUAUUUCGAAGGGGGAGAGAUAUGAUGAUGUGAAGAAGAAGAAAUAUGACGAUGUUGGAAAAGUUAAUAAAAGCAUUGAAGUAGGUGGCAACCAUGAAUCUCAAGUGAUGCGUGAAAUAUGUACAAUUAAAUAUGGUUUUUUCCUCCUUCUAUGUUUUAUUGGGACUUGGAGUGGUGCUGGAACACUAGCUCAUGCUGAAAGGAUGUCAGGAACUGUGGAAAGAAUGAGAAUGUAUGGAGUUAGUGAUUGGUCUAUAGUAUGCAGCUAUGUCAUGCAUGCUGGUAUCAAGCAAUUGAUCUCUGCUCUGUUAUUUUCACUAUUGUUAAAAAUUCGAUUGGGAGGCCCGCCAAUUAUAGAAAAUAUAGAUUUCUUUUCACUUUUUGUGACAUUAUUUCUAUUGAGUAUUCAUUGCACAGUUUAUUUUCUUGGUGUGGCAUCCUUUUUUAAUAGUACCAUUCUCCGUGGCAUUGCUGGAACAGCAUCGUUUAUCUAUCUUUUCCUGUGGGCUUCAAAGCAACAUUUUUCUGUUACUGCUCAGUAUUUUGGUAACAUGUUCGCACCAUUUUGUUUAGUUACCACAUCAUCAGUAGCAUGUGGUUUGGAAGAAAAUGGCGGAGUUACAUUUAAGAGUCUAAUAUCAGCUACCGACAGUAACAGUAUCCCACUCCUGGUUAUUCCCCUUCUGGUGAUCUUCGGUUCAGCUGUUGUAUUACUAAUAUUUUUUUACUUGCUAAACAUUAAUCCUGGGCCAUAUGGAAGUGCUAGACCCGUUUAUUUUAUAUUACCAAAAUGUCUCCAAGUUUACUUUAGACCAGAAUACUAUAAAAGUGAUAAAAAAAGAAGUGGGAGCUUUAGAAAAGGUCUUUAUGAAAAAACUCCACCGAAUAUUGACGUUGGAAUAAAAAUUGAAAACUUGUACAAAAAGUAUGGAAAUCUUACAUCAGUAAAAAACUUGUCGUUAAAUAUAUAUUCGGGACAAAUUACUGCUCUUCUUGGCCACAAUGGAGCUGGAAAAACUACCACUCUUUCCAUUUUGUCAGGUAUGUUGUCACCUACUUCAGGAUCAGCUUUCUAUCAAGGUUAUGAUAUCUUCACAAAUUUAAGAAAAUUUCGGAAAGAUAUUGGACUAUGCCCUCAAAAUAAUUUACUCCAUCCAAACCUUAAAGUUAUCAAUCAGCUGAUAUUUUAUGGAAUGCUUGGCGGAUUGUCCAUGAAAGAAGCAGAAGAAAGUGCCAAUGAGCUUUUGAAAGUUGUGGGAAUAUUUGAAAAAAAAUAUGUUCAAGUAACUGAAUUGUCUGGUGGUAUGCAACGGAAAUUAUGCAUUGCCCUCUCCCUUGUUGGAAAACCAAAGGUGGUAAUUCUUGACGAACCUUCCUCUGGUGUAGAUCCUGAGUCAAGAAGAGAAAUUUGGAAUAUACUUUUGGAUUCAAGAGAAAAUAGAAUUUUGCUCCUCACAACUCACUUCAUGGAAGAAGCAGAUGCAUUGGGUGAUCAGAUAGCAAUUAUGAAUCAUGGGGAGAUCGUAUGUUAUGGUUCCCCUAUGUUUUUGAAGAAGCAUUAUGGGGCUGGAUAUAACAUUUCAAUAUUUUGUAGCCAUGACAAACACAAUGAAAUAACUGAAAUUAUUACUGCAAAAAUACCUGAUGCUACAAUUAUUGGUGAAAAUCAAGAAUGUAUAAAAUUUAAACUACCCUUUAAUAAAACUGAACAUUUUCCAGUGUUAUUCAAGCAAUUAGAAACUGAUAAUAAAACAUCUAGAAUUGCAAUCAACUGCACAACAAUGGAGGAUGUUUAUUUAAAAGUUGAAGCAGAAGAAGGUGGAGAAAUACCAGCUGUAUCAGGCUCACCAUUACUACAAGUUAAAUGUGGAAGUGAAGAAGGUAACCUAAUGGCAUACUUCUACAGAUUUUUGGAAUUGGUGAAGAAAAAUAUGAUCUGUAGUUUAGCAAGGUGGUUUAAAACAUUUCUUGUGAUUGUAAUAUUGCCUCCAGUGGCCACAUACAUUGCAAUGGACGAAAUUAAUACUGAUUUUAAUAAAUACAAUAAGGUUAAUAACUCAGAAGAAGGUUUUUCUGAUUCUGCGAGUAUUGGAAAACAACAAAAUAACAGUUUCUUAUAUUCCGUGAAUCCCUGUCUUCCUGACCCAACUCUUUUCUUGAGGGUUUACAUGUUCUCAAUGUGGCUUACCUAUGUCAUUUUCAUUGUUUCAUCAACUUUUUCGAACUUUGUCCACAAAGAGAGAAUAUCUACUAUCAAACAUCUUAUGCUUAUGACUGGGGUUUCACCCCUUACUUAUUGGUGUUCUGUCCUCUUAUGGGAUGCUAUAUUAUAUUUGAUUUUUGUAUUAAUUUCUUGGAUUACAUUCCUUAUAUUAGAUGCUGGGAGUCUGUUUGACACAGGAAGUGGCAUUUAUGUUUUAUUCUUGGUAUUAUUUUUAUCUGGUAUGAGUAUGAUUUCAUCAGUAUACUUUGUAUCUCUCUUAUUCAAGACAAUGCGAACAGUUGUAGUAUUCUACUAUGCUGCAGUCUUCGUGUUUGGUUUUAUUGGUUAUUUUGUUAUAAAUAUACCAAAUACCGAUCCAUACAGUCAAAUUAUGAAAUUACAACCUGUUACUGCUUCAAUACUAGCAUUGACGGACUUUUCAACAUUGGCUGAAAAAAAAAGAACCUGUAAAGACUGUCCAUCAGAAGAAUGUGCAGAUAUCCUAAAAUCAGCGUAUUUAAAAGAUGAACAUCUUAGGAAUGACUUGUUAUUUCUUGCUGGGGAUUUACUUCUUUUCUUUUCUCUAGUGGUUUUAACAGAUUAUGGUUUGUUCCCUUUCUUGUGGAAUAAGAUUUAUUCUAUAUUUAUUGGAAAUAUUGAAAAUACUGACCUAAAGAAGGUAGACAGUGAUGUUGCCAGAGAGAAGAGCAGGGUAGAUGGUUUACAAAUCUCAGAGUCACGAAAUGAAAUAAUAGCAGUUGUGGAUGGCCUUGCUAAAAAAUAUUCUAGCUCCAUGGUAGCAGUUGUAGAUGUUACAUUUGCUGUGUCCAAAGGAGAGUGCUUUGGUCUUUUGGGAGUUAAUGGUGCUGGUAAAUCAACUACAUUUAAUAUGUUGACUGGAGUCCUGUAUCCUACAAAAGGAAAUGUUUUCAUAAAGGGCCAUUCCCUGAACAAGGAGAAAGCUAAGUGUUUGUCAAUGAUUGGGUAUUGUCCACAACAUAAUGCCUUAAUUGAAAGUCUUACAUCAAAACAAAUGUUGACCUUAUUUGCCCGACUGCGUUUGGUUCCUUCACAACAUGUGGACAAUGAAGUAGAAAAAUGGAUAACUCUUUUUGGUCUCGAGGAGUAUAGCGAUGUACCAUCUAAAAACUACAGUGGAGGAAAUAAGAGGAAGCUGAAUGCUGCUCUGGCAUUCAUUGGUGACCCAUCUAUAAUCCUCCUAGAUGAACCUACAAGUGGUGUAGAUCCAUUCAUUCGCAGAAAUUUAUGGAGUGUCAUAGAAGCUUGUGGCAGUUACGAUCAAGCCAUUAUUAUUUCAUCUCAUAGUAUGGAUGAAUGUGAAGCUGUAUGUAAAAGACUAACCAUUAUGGCUGGAGGAAAAAUGGAGUGUAUAGGAAAUAUUCAACAUCUAAAAACAUUAUAUGGCACAGGAUAUGUGAUUAAAAUAACCUUAUCAUCUCACACAGAUAAUGAAAUAGCAACAUUAAAGAGCAUCAUAGAAUCUACCUUUUCACUGAAUUGUGAGCUGAAAGAUGAACAUCAGGUACUUCUGCAUUACCAUAUAAAAACAAAUAUUUAUAAAAUAUCGAGCCUAUUCGAAAUUAUGGAACGAAUAAAGGCACAAUCAAACAUAGUGACUGAUUAUAUAAUCACAGAUUCAAGUUUAGAAGAAGUGUUUUUAGGUUUUGCUAAAAAACAAAAAUAAUUAAGCAAGAUAAUUAAUAUCUUGUUAAAAAGUUUUAUUUUAAAGCGUUUUUCAUUAAUUUAUUCAAUAUAUGAACUGAAUGUAAAUAAAAGUAUUUAAAAAAGUC